AGCAAGUGACGACCCCAGUGUGUGGCGCCGGACGCGAUGGACCUGGCAUACGUCUGCGAGUGGGAGAAGUGGCCCAAGAGCACCCACUGCCCCUCGGUGCCCCUGGCCUGCGCCUGGUCCUGCCGGAACCUCAUUGCCUUCACCACCGACCUCCGGAACGAUGAUCAGGACCUGACCCGGAUGAUCCACAUCUUGGACACGGAACACCCCUGGGACGUGCAUUCUGUGGACUCACAGCACCGGGAGGCCAUUACCUGCCUCGAGUGGGACCAGUCGGGCUCCCGGCUUCUGUCAGCAGAUGCCGACGGGCAGAUCAAGUGCUGGAGCAUGGCAGACCACCUGGCCAACAGCUGGGAGAGCCCCGUGGGCAGCCUGGUGGAGGGGGACCCCAUCGUGGCCUUGUCGUGGCUACACAACGGAGUGAAGUUGGCUCUGCACGUGGAAAAGUCGGGCGCCUCCAGCUUUGGUGAGAAGUUCUCCAGGGUCAAGUUCUCCCCGUCGCUCACGCUGUUCGGCGGCAAGCCCAUGGAAGGCUGGAUCGCGGUGACGGUCAGUGGCCUGGUCACCGUGUCCCUCCUCAAGCCCAACGGGCAGGUGCUGACGUCCACCGAGAGCCUGUGUCGGCUGCGCGGCCGCGUGGCCCUGGCGGACGUCGCCUUCACGGGCGGCGGCAACAUCGUGGUGGCCACGGCGGACGGCAGCAGCGCGUCGCCCGUGCAGUUCUACAAGGUGUGCGUGAGCGUGGUGAGCGAGAAGUGUCGCAUCGACACGGAGAUCCUGCCCUCACUCUUCAUGCGCUGCACCACCGACCUCAACCGCAAGGACAGGUUCCCCGCCAUCACGCACCUCAAGUUCCUGGCCAGGGACAUGUCGGAGCAGGUGCUGCUGUGCGCCUCCAGUCAGACCAACAGCCUGGUGGAAUGCUGGUCACUGCGGAAGGAGGGCCUGCCGGUCAACAACAUCUUCCAGCAGAUCUCCCCCGUGGUAGGUGACAAGCAACCCAUGAUCCUCAAGUGGCGGAUCCUGUCGGCCACCAACGACCUGGACCGAGUGUCGGCCGUGGCCCUGCCCAAGCUGCCCAUCUCGCUCACCAACACUGACCUCAAGGUGGCCAGCGACACGCAGUUCUACCCUGGCCUCGGCCUGGCCCUGGCCUUCCAUGACGGCAGCGUCCACAUCGUGCACCGCCUGUCGCUGCAGACCAUGGCGGUCUUCUACAGCUCGGCCACCCCACGCUCCGUGGACGAGCCCGCCAUUAAGCGCCCACGCCCCACGGGACCUGCUGUCCACUUCAAGGCCAUGCAGCUCUCGUGGACCUCCCUGGCCCUGGUGGGCAUCGACAACCACGGGAAGCUGAACAUGCUGCGCAUCUCGCCCUCCAUGGGCCACACGCUGGACGUGAGCCUGGCUCUGCGGCACCUGCUCUUUCUGCUGGAGUACUGCAUGGUGACCGGCUACGACUGGUGGGACAUCCUGCUGCACGUGCAGCCCAGCAUGGUGCAGAGCCUGGUGGAGAAGCUGCACGAGGAGUACACGCGCCAGAGCGCAGCGCUGCAGCAGGUCCUGUCCACGCGGAUCCUGGCCAUGAAGGCCUCGCUCUGCAAGCUGUCACCGUCCACGGUCACGCGUGUGUGCGACUACCACGCUAAGCUCUUCCUCAUCGCCAUCAGCUCCACGCUCAGGUCUCUGCUGCGCCCCCACUUCCUCAACACCCCCGACAAGAGCCCCGGGGACCGCCUGACCGAGAUCUGCUCCAAGAUCGCCGAUGUGGACAUUGACAAGGUGAUGAUCAACCUCAAGACCGAGGAGUUUGUCCUGGACAUGAACACGCUCCAGGCCCUACAGCAGCUCCUCCAGUGGGUGGGAGACUUCGUCCUCUACCUGCUGGCCAGCCUGCCCAACCAGGGCUCCCCACUGCGGCCUGGCCACAGCUUCCUGCGUGAUGGCACGUCGCUGGGCAUCCUGCGUGAGCUCAUGGUGGUCAUCCGCAUCUGGGGCCUGCUGAAGCCCAGCUGCCUGCCUGUGUACACGGCCACCUCGGACACCCAGGACAGCAUGUCGCUCCUCUUCCGUUUGCUCACCAAGCUCUGGCUCUGCUGUCGAGACGAAGGUCCCACGAGCGAGCCCGAUGAGGCGCUGGUGGACGAGUGCUGCCUGCUGCCCAGCCAGCUGCUGCUGCCCACCCUGGACUGGCUGCCCGUGAACGACGGCCUGUCCAGCCGUCUGCAGCCCCGGCAGCCCCUGCGCCUGUGCUUUGGCCGGGCGCCCACACUGCCAGGCGGCAGCGCGUCCCCUCUGGAUGGCCUCUCCAGGGCACCAGGCCAGCCCAAGAUUGACCACCUCCGCCGGCUGCACCUGGGGGCCUACCCUACUGAGGAAUGCAAGGCCUGCACCCGGUGUGGCUGUGUGACCAUGCUCAAGUCCCCAAACAAGACAACGGCGGUGAAGCAGUGGGAGCAGCGCUGGAUUAAAAACUGCUUGUGUGGGGGGCUCUGGAGACGCAUGCGGCUCAGCUGCCCCUGAGGCAGCACCUG